GACACAUAUGGAGGAGUUUUGUUCAUCAUUGAAAACCAAUGCAUUAUCUCUUCAGGUAUCAAAUUCAAGAAUGUGAGGGAUCGACGGUCAAUAAGUUCUGAGUUUUGGCGGAUCCCUCCAUUUACUCAGCUUUACGUUUACAGGGACAUAAAGGAGAUCAAUGAUGAAUACACUUCUAUUACAUUUCUUUCUACACACUAUUCAUAAUAAUUAUUAUUUUGUUUGUAUUGACCGAGUUAGAUAUUAAUCAAAGUGUGACAUUUUGUUUUGAUAUUUUUGAUGACUUUAAAUGUAUUGAAUUUCAAACUUCGAAAGAACUUUAAAAGCUGGUAACCAUAAUUUUCUCUUCCCAACCCAAUACAUCCCCUAGAAAAAAGAAAAAAAAAAUGUAGAAUUUGUUUCGAUUUCUAUUUAACACACUGAUGCUAUUUUGUUACAAUUGAGUAGAUAAUGCUUAUCUAGUGUUAUUUUUUUUUCUCUCUUUCACCCUCGUAAGAGGGACUUUAUUUGUUCAUAUGAUAUUAACAAUAGUUUUUAGAAAAGUCACAUACACAAAUAUACAUAGAUAAAUUAACGAAACAUGAACUAAAGGAUUGAAAGAACCUUUGAGACCUGUUUUAAAUCAAGUCUCUUCUGAUUACAUUUUCUUAUUAAAUAACUUCGAAUUUCAACUUUGAAAUCUUUAAUAAAAUUAGUUUUUAGUGUUUAUAUUAUUGAUUCUGAAUAUUUGAUUUACACUUUAAUCCCAGUAAUUUCUUUUGCAUGCACUUUUUCUGGUUUGCCCUGCAAGCGAUGACAUACUAUUGAAGAGCUCGAUUAUCAGAAGUAGGUUUUAUCGUAAGUUAAUAACGUAGAACAGGUAUAGUAAAAUGCAUGCUAGUAUAUGUUUCAUUUAAGGAUUACUACCAAUCAUUCACCGUGAAAUGUGCUUUUUAACUACCUAGGUCGACGCUAUCGAAAAUAAUAUCAAAUAGCGUUACUCAUACUCAAUUCAUCUCAGUGCAUUGUGAACCACUGUGCUUUAUUGCUAUAAUAAUACUGAUAAUGUUUACGGAUACUUUAAAACUUUCCUUGUAGCCAAAGGCUGAAUUACACAACGAUUUUACAAUGGUUCACAUUAAAAUAUUGAUUUAAUUGUAAAUACUCACUAAAGGUAGACUAAAAUCAAAUCAGAAAACGAUAAAGGUUUAACUCCAGGCGCGUAUCUAGCAUCAGAUCCUACAAAGCAUUUCAGGGGCCCAAUUAUCUGGGGGUAAUAGUGAUUCUAUUUGGCUUGUUCACAGGGCUUAUACUAUUUGUUGACAUACUUGAUGCUGGAUACGCUAGUGAACUCCAUUCAACCUUGAAAUAUAAUCAGAAAAAAUACAAAUUAAGAAUAUGUGAGGCACGGAAGUGACACAAAAUUCAUAUGAAUAUAUGGAUUGUUGAUUGGAAAGUAAACAUAAUUCAAUUAUAUGGAAUAAUUCAGGGAGAAUUCAAGCAGUGUAUGAAACUCUUUCCAUUAUGUCUGUUGUGUAUGUAAAGGUAAGAACUCUCAGUCUUCAUUCAAUUGAAUUGCCAACGCUGACCUCAUCUGAAAACCUAGUAGAAUCACUUUGCUCCAUGCCACACCUAAAGGACCUAUCAAUUCAGGAUACGGAUGUAACUGAGGAAUUCUGCACUGCGAUGAAGGCCAAAGGAGCAUCCAUUAAGGUUGCAAUACUCAAACUGAAAGGGAUCGAUUUUCCCUCAUCCGUCUCAUUAGAGUCCCUUGCUGUAUCGCUCUGCUUCAUGCCAAACCUGACGGAUCUAUCAAUACGUUCGAUGGAUGAAAUAGAGGAGCUUCUGUCAACACUUAAAGAUGCAGCAACAUCAAUUCAGGGUUCUUUUCCGAAGAUCAGCGAAGGAAAAUUCAGCUUCAAUGGAAAGGCUCAAAUGGAUCGCGAAUCAUUCUUAGAGACUCUAAACGAUGGUGCUAACCCUUAGGAAAUGAGAAACAAAUGCGCCACGCAUGGGAAUUGUGUCAUACAAAACCGGAUUGGAUUCUUCUCCAUUGCAAACAUUACGGUAGCACAAAAUGUGUUCACAAGUAGACGAUAUGAAGUUGUGUGAAAAAGUGAAGAUAAAAGAUGCUAGGAAUUUUUCAAUUUUCAGUGCUACAUGUUUGUCACAUAUUUAUCUUUAUUGGGGGAUCAACUUGUUGUUUGAGUGGAUUUGACCUUCGAAUUUACGGAUUUAAAAGGAAAUUUGACAUUUGAUUUAUUAAUU